UGUGUGUGUGUGUGUCAUGCUGUGUGAAUAAUGAAUCAUGAAUAUUUAGCAGCUGAUUAAUGAUCUCUGACUAAGUGGUGAAUUAAUGAACGAUCAGCGACAGUAAAGAUUAUUUUAAUAUCAUGUUUAACACUUACAGAACACCACCUGUCUGUCUGUCUGUGCACCUGCCUGUCUGUCUGUCUGUCUGUUUAGUCAUUAGUCAGGCUGAGGACCAGAUUUAAGAAGAAAGGGGACUCGUCGGGUCAAGUGUGAAUCAUUUAAAGCUAUUGAGAAUAUCCGUAGGUUAAUACUUUAUUUGGUUCAUUCUGACUAUAUAUGACAAUAUAUCUACACCAUUGUAGAUUAUGCACGACAUGUUUUUGCAAUGCACAUCGCAAGCAUUCCAGCAGACCACAAGGUCGUGUGUGUGUGUGUGCUGCUGAGUGGGAACGUUUCUCCGGCGGAGUUAACCUGUGAGAUGCUGAUCCACCUGUCGACCAACCUGACAGCGAGGACAUUGGCAUUCCUGAACCAGACGUUCUCCGCCAGGAACUACUCAGGUCUGUCCUGUGACCUGUCUGUGGAUGGAAUUGGGACCUGUUGGCCUCGUAGUGCAGCAGGAGUUCUGGUCUCCAGACCCUGUCCUGAACAGUUCAAUGGCAUCCACUACAACACCACCAACCGGGUGUACAGAGAGUGUCAGUCUAACGGCAGCUGGUCCCCUCGAGGAAACUACAGUCAGUGCACCGAGAUCAUCGUAGUGAGGAAAAGUAAAGUCCACUACCAGGUUGCUGUAAUCAUCAACUACCUGGGUCACUGCGUCUCACUGGGAGCUCUGCUGCUUGCCUUCACUCUGUUCCUGAGGCUCAGGAGUAUUCGCUGUCUCAGGAACAUCAUUCACUGGAAUCUGAUCUCAGCGUUCAUCCUGAGGAACGCCACCUGGUUCAUCGUCCAGUUAACCAUGAACCCUGCUGUUACCGAGAACAACCAGGUGUGGUGCAGGUUGGUGACAGCAGGUUAUAAUUAUUUCCAUGUGACGAACUUCUUCUGGAUGUUUGGUGAAGGUUUUUAUCUUCACACAGCCGUCGUCCUGACCUACUCCACCGACAGACUCAGGAGGUGGAUGUUCAUCUGCAUCGGCUGGGGUAUCCCAUUCCCCGUCAUUGUGGCGUGGAUGUUUGGGAAGUUUUACUACGACAACGAGAAGUGCUGGUUUGGAAAGAGGGCGGGGAUUUAUACAGAUUACAUCUACCAGGGCCCCAUGAUCCUGGUCCUGCUGAUAAACUUUGUCUUCCUGUUCAACAUCGUUCGGAUCCUGAUGACCAAACUGAGGGCGUCGACCACCUCAGAGACCAUUCAGUACAGGAAGGCGGUGAAGGCGACCCUGGUGCUGCUGCCUCUGUUAGGGAUCACCUACAUGUUGUUCUUUGUGAAUCCUGGAGGAGACGACGAAGUCGCUCAGAUCGUUUUCAUCUACUUCAACUCCAUCCUGGAAUCUUUCCAGGGCUUCUUUGUCUCUGUCUUCUACUGUUUCCUCAACAACGAGGUGAGGUCAGCGGUCAGGAAGCGUUGGGUUCGUUGGCAGGACCGUCACUCCUUCAGGAGUCGGGUGGUGCGCGCCUCCUCACUACCGACCUCCCCCAGCAGAGUCUCCUUCCACAGCAUCAAACAGACCUCCACCCUCUGACCGUGACCCCUGACCUCCCCCCUCUGAACCCUGACCCUUGACCUCCCCAGCAGAGUGUCCUUCCACAGCCUCAAACACCUCCACCCUCUGACCCCUGACCUCUGACCUCCCCCUGACCCUGCUGCAGUCUGUGAUGUCAUGCCAGACAGUCAAUCAGAGGAGGAUCCGAUUCAAGCACCCAAUGGAUCGACUCAGACAGCCAAUCACAGUGCAGGACAGUUUUCGGAGCUGUCAGUCAGGACUGUUGGCCCCGCCCCUUACCAUGUGCUCACCAAUCAGCUGCUUCCACAGUGACUCAGGCAGCUGAUGAAGAUCAAUAACUUUAUUUAUGAUGAUGUAAAGAUCAAUAACUUUAUUAAUGAUGUAAUGAUCAGCUGCUUCAGGCUGUAAAAUGAAUAAAUUAUAGAAUAUAUAGAGACAGUUAUUAUAUUUAUUAUAGUUACCAUGACGAUAAUCCAGGAUUUUCUCUUUUAGUGUUUUUGUACUUUAAAUGCUCUUUCCCUCAGACGGACCUAUACAGCAGCUUAAACAUAUUUAUUAUUAUUAUUAUUAAUCAUAUAUGAUCAUAUAUUCAUUAUAAUUAUAUUAUAAUAUUUAUUUAUCGCAAACUGUAAAUGUUGUUGCUGCAGAUUUAAUGUAGAAAACACUCAGGAUUCAACAGUGUGUGUGUGUGUGCGUGUGUGUGUGUGUGUGUUUGUCUGUGCGUGUGUGUGUGUGUCUGUGGUGUGUGUGUGUGUGUGUGUGUGUGUGUGUGUGUGUGUGUGUGUGACAUCAGUGGCAUUAUUAUCUGGUAAAUCUUGAUCAGCAUCAGAUUUAAAACUUGUUUUUGUAAAUAUUGGAUCAAUAUAAAUUAUUUAAUUGAUGAAUAAAUCAGGUUAAAGACAAAAACUGUUUCUGUAUCAGCUGAUGUCUAUUAAAUAAUAAUAAAUAAUUACACUGACUGGAAAAAUGUUUCAAAG